GAAAUAAGAAAUUAGGGUCGCGGUUGAGGGCACGGCAAAUGGGGGUCAUAAACCCUAGUAUCUCUUCUAUAUGAGCAAAACAACAGCCGCUACCAUAUCAGCAAAACAACAUACAGCCGCAGAGAGGAGAGGAGAGAAGAAGAGAGAUGGGUGAAGAAGCCAAGGCAGCGGCUGUGAUUCCAGAAUCUGUGCUGAAGAAGAGGAAGCGGAGCGAGGAAUGGGCAUUGGCCAAAAAGCAGGAGAUUGAUGCUGCAAAAAAGAAGAAUAAGGAAAACCGGAAACUGAUUUUCAAUAGAGCAAAGCAGUAUGCAAAAGAGUAUGAGGAGCAGGACAAGGAGCUGAUCCAGUUGAAGCGUGAGGCAAGGUUGAAAGGGGGAUUUUAUGUUAGCCCAGAAGCCAAGUUGCUAUUUAUCAUCCGCAUCCGCGGUAUUAAUGCCAUGCACCCAAAGACAAGAAAAAUUCUGCAGCUCUUGCGUUUGAGGCAGAUAUUUAAUGGGGUGUUUCUGAAGGUCAACAAGGCAACAGUGAAUAUGCUCCACAGGGUUGAGCCUUACGUCACAUACGGCUAUCCCAAUUUGAAGAGCGUGAGGGAAUUAAUUUACAAGAGGGGUUAUGGCAAGGUGAACAAGCAGAGAAUUGCUUUGGCCGACAACUCUGUUAUUGAGCAGGUAUUGGGUAAGUUUGGAAUAAUUUGCAUAGAGGAUCUCAUUCAUGAGAUCAUGACUGUUGGGCCCCAUUUCAAGGAGGCAAACAACUUCUUGUGGCCAUUCAAGCUCAAGGCGCCGCUGGGUGGUCUUAAUAAGAAGAGGAAUCAUUAUGUUGAAGGAGGCGACGCCGGAAACCGGGAAGUUUUUAUCAAUGAGCUCAUAAGGAGGAUGAACUAGGCCUUCUGUCCGAAAUUUUCCUACAUUUCAGGUUCUUAGACUGGCAAUAGAAAUUACUAGAAUGGUAUUUUUAGUGGUGCAGUGUUUUUGAGAACAUGGAAGUAUGCAAUUUUGCUGUUUUGUAUUUGGAAUUGGAAUUAUGCUGUUUCAUGAUUAGUGCAUGAUUUUCUUUAUUUAUUAGAUUUACCAAUUAUUCCU